CACUUUUUCUUUUGUAGAGAGAAAGAAAUAAAAAAGAGAGAAAGCAAAAAAAGAAAGGGUCAUGGAGAAUGUGAAUAUGUGUGACGAAAAUUGCUAGCAAAGAAAACCACUGCAAAACAGUUACACGCCACCAACAACAACGAAAAACCAACACCAUCACCAUCACCAUCACCACCACCACCAACACCAACAAGCAAGUUUUCAUCUCUCUCUCUCUCUCUCUCUCUCUCUCUCUCUUCCAAGAUCUUCAUGCUUGCUUUCUAGCUAAAUUCAUAACCAAACAAAGGUGGUGGUGAUGAUGAUGAUGGCGGAGGGGACAUUGUCGUUUUCGGUGGCGGAAGUGGUGGAGGAUGUGCUUCAGCAGCACGGGACUCGCCUCAGAGAUCUUGAUUUGGCUUCUAGAAAAGCUGAGGAAGCUGCGUCGAGAAGGAACGAAGCGGCGGGGUGGCUGAGAAAGAUGGUAGGUGUAGUGGCGGCGAAAGAUUUGCCGGCGGAGCCGUCAGAGGAAGAGUUUAGGCUUGGAUUAAGAAGUGGUAUUAUUCUCUGCAAUGUUCUCAAUAAGGUUCAUCCUGGAGCUGUGCCCAAGGUGGUGGAGAGUCCUUGUGAUUCUGCUCUGAUCCCCGAUGGAGCCGCGUUAUCGGCAUUUCAGUACUUUGAGAAUGUGAGGAAUUUUCUAGUAGCUGUGCAGGAACUGGGAAUUCCCACUUUUGAGGCAUCUGAUCUGGAACAAGGAGGGAAAUCUGCAAGGGUUGUGAAUUGUGUUUUGGCGGUAAAAUCCUACAGUGAAUGGAAACAGACUGGGGGAAAUGGAGUAUGGAAAUUUGGUGGAAAUGUGAAACCAAUGGUGUCAGCCAAGUCUUUUGUGAGGAAAAAUUCAGAGCCGUUCACGAAUUCCUUGUCGAGGAACUCAUCAAUGGGUGAAAAAUCCUUGAAUGUGCUGUCCUCUGAGAUUGACUCUAAUAAAAUGCCUACCAAUGGUUCCUUGAGUAUGCUUGUUCGUGCAGUUCUGUUAGAUAAGAAGCCCGAAGAAGUUCCAUCGCUGGUCGAAUCCGUGCUAAGCAAGGUAGUGGAGGAGUUUGAGCAUCGCAUUGCAAGCCAACUUGAGCUGAUGAAAACACCUCCGAAAGAUAUGGCUGUUUCCCAUGGCAACAGAGCUCUUUUGAAAUUUACUUCUGCCGAUAAAAAGACUGAAGACAAAAAUGAAAAGUUGAUAAAGAAAGAGGAAUUUGCCCAUAAAACAAGCAUUUCUAAUGAGAAAUCAAAAGGCCAGCUCAUGAAACAGCAAAUGAUCUUUGAUCAACAGCAAAGAGACAUUCAAGAACUAAAGCAUACACUUCACACUACAAAAGCUGGUAUGAACUUUAUGCAAAUGAAGUUCCAUGAGGAGUUUCACAAUCUUGGUAUACACAUUCAUGGCCUAGCUCAUGCUGCUUCUGGGUAUCAUAGAGUUCUUGAGGAAAAUCGCAAGCUGUACAAUCAAGUGCAGGAUCUCAAGGGAAGUAUCCGGGUUUAUUGUCGAGUGAGACCCUUCUUGUCUGGACAAUCAAAUCAUUUUAGCGCCGUGGAUCAUAUAGAAGAAGGAAUUAUCACUAUGAAUACUCCAUCAAGGCAUGGAAAAGGCCAGAGGUCCUUUAGCUUCAACAAGGUCUUUGGGCCAUCUGCAAGUCAAGAGGAGGUCUUCUCUGAUAUGCAGCCUUUGAUUCGGUCUGUUCUUGAUGGUUACAAUGUUUGCAUAUUUGCAUAUGGUCAAACAGGAUCUGGAAAGACUUUCACUAUGAGUGGACCCAGAGAGCUUACGGAAAAAAGCCAAGGAGUAAAUUAUAGGGCAUUGAGUGAUUUGUUUCAAAUAGCAAAUCAAAGAAAGGACACUUUUAGUUACGAUGUUUCUGUUCAGAUGAUUGAGAUCUAUAAUGAGCAAGUUAGGGAUCUCCUUGUUAUUGAUGGAACUAACAGAAGGUUAGAAAUUCGAAAUAGUUCUCAUAGAGGGCAUAGUGUACCAGAUGCGAAUGUUGUUCCAGUAUCAUCGACAUUUGAUGUUAUUGAUCUAAUGAACCUUGGACAAAAGAAUCGUGCAGUAGGUGCAACAGCCCUAAAUGACCGUAGUAGUCGCUCACAUAGUUGCUUGACGGUUCAUGUUCAAGGAAGAGACUUGACAUCUGGAGCUAUUCUUCGUGGCUGUAUGCAUCUGGUUGAUUUAGCAGGAAGUGAGAGGGUAGAUAAAUCUGAGGUGACAGGAGAUAGAUUGAAAGAGGCACAACACAUUAACAGAUCUUUGUCAGCUUUGGGUGACGUGAUAGCUUCCCUUGCACAAAAGAAUCCACAUGUUCCUUAUAGAAAUAGCAAACUUACACAACUGCUCCAAGAUUCACUUGGAGGGCAGGCCAAGACGCUGAUGUUUGUUCACAUAAGCCCUGAGCCUGAUGCUAUUGGAGAAUCAAUCAGUACGCUUAAAUUUGCAGAGCGAGUUGCCACUGUUGAACUUGGUGCUGCCAAAGUAAACAAAGAUAGCACAGAUGUCAAGGAGCUCAAAGAACAGAUUGCAAGCCUGAAGGCUGCAUUGGCAAGAAAAGAGGGGGAACCGGAGCAUAUUCAAACUUCCAUAUCUGGAAGCUCUGAAAAAUACAGGACAAAAGCUAGUGAGAUAUCACCUUUUCAAUCUAAACAGAAGGAUGCAGGUUUAUUCGAAGACCACAAUAGCUGCCGGAAACCAAUGGGUGACGUAGGCAAUAUGGAGCUUCGUAGCAAUUCUGCCUCGAGGCAAAAGACACAAAGCUUUGAUCUUGAUGAGCUAUUAGCAAAUUCACCUCCCUGGCCUCCGGUGAAUGGUCAUGGCCAGAACUACAGGGAGGAUGAUAGAGAAAUGGGCUCGGGUGAGUGGGUUGAUAAGGUCAUGGUAAACAAGCAUGAUGUAAGCAGAGUUGAGAACCCUUUAGGAAGUUGGGCAGCAGAUAAUGGGGACUUAUCUGAUGUAUUUUACCAGAAAUAUCUCCCUGAUUCUUCCAAAAUUUAUCCAGAUCAAUCCUAUAAUAUGUUUAUGGGAAGCAACCAGUUCAAUGUCACAAGUACCGAUGAAAUGGAUGAUCUUGAUGCUGCCACCAGUGAUUCUUCAGAACCAGAUUUGCUUUGGCAAUUCAAUCAUUCAAAGCUUACCAGCAUGACCAAUGGAAUUAGUGCAAAAACCAGGAAACCCAAUUCAAAGCCAGCAAAGAGCCCAGAGCUAAGCAAGAAUACCAAUGCUUCUCUUGGCCCUUCACCUUCAAGGAAAUUAGCAAAUGGGGUAGGCAAUGUGCAGCGGAAUGGGAGGCAGCCAGCUCCAACUGAUAUGAAACGUAGAGCUGGGAAUAGAAAAUAGAAAUGUACUUACACGUUGAGAGGGUGAUUUUUUUUUUUUUUUUUUUUAAUUUCUUUGAAUUUGUUUGAGAGGGAGAGAGGUUUUACUAUAUUCUUCAUUUUUAUUUUUUUGUUGUAAUCUUAUAGUUAAAUGCAGCAAUAAUUCCAGUUGCUUGUAAUUGUCUACUUGUGAGUUCAAUGUGUCCUCCCUACGUGGAUUGGAUGACUGAUGUUGUUUAUAGAUGGUACAUUACACUAUUCUUGGUUUUUAAUGGAAUAUGAAACCCCAAAAUUAGAGGCAUAA